CUUCGGCAGGUUAUGCUGAAUGCUUAUUCGGUGUGAGAGAUUAAAGGGUGAACCGCAGAACUGUAGGCUACUUGAAAUUCUCAAGUGCUAAUAAGCGAUCUUGCUCGUUUUCAUUCUGGUAUUCAGAAAUACAAGUGCCGUCAGUGAUUGCUAACAUGACCGUGAAUUAUAACAUGAAGUCUUUCAUAUGUCUAUUUGUUUUUAUUGUUUUACCUGCAGUUUUGACAAAAGAAAUGAACAACAGGCCAGUCAUAGGUGUGUUGGCUCAAGAAUUAUACAAACCUCUGCCCCUCGGAAGCUCUUACAUUGCUGCAUCGUACGUGAAAUACUUGGAGUCUGCUGGAGCUAGAGUUGUACCAGUGAAAAUAAACCAGACUUACAAUGAAUAUGAAAGGCUGUUUAAUGCCAUCAAUGGAGUGUUGUUUCCGGGGGGAGGUGUCAGCAUAGUCGCCUCUGGGUAUGCUACAGCUGCAAGUAUAUUUUAUGAGCUUGCUAUAAAGGCUAAAUAUAAAGGUGACUACUUCCCUAUAUGGGGUACCUGCCUUGGCUUUGAGGAGCUGACAUACCUGACCAGUGGAAAGGUUCUGCUGACUGCUACAAACACAUCUGGAGUUGCACUUCCAUUGAUUUUUACAAAUGAUUCAGCAGAGAGCCGACUCUUCAGUGGCUUCCCAGCAGAUGUAAUCAGUGCUCUGGCCUCAGAACCAAUAACCGAAAACUCUCAUCAGUGGAGUCUCACCACUGAGAGCUACAAUAAAAGUAUGGAGCUGAGAGAUUUCUACAGCGUCUUGACCACCAAUAAUGAUGGGAACGUGGAGUUUGUGUCAACCAUGGAAGCAUAUGACUUCCCUUUCUAUGGGACGCAGUGGCACCCGGAAAAGAAUGCCUUUGAGUGGACCAGGUCUUAUAUUCCACACUCCCCUUCUGCGGUCAAGUCUAUGUUUUACAUGGCUGACUUCUUCGUCAAUGAAGCAAGAAAAAGCUCUCAUCAGUUUCCAAGUGAAGAAGAGGAGCGUGAUGCUUUGAUCUACAACUACAGUCCUAUUUAUACAGGGUCCAAGUCUGCCUUUGUGCAGAUUUAUGCUUUUAAAUAGAUUUUUUUAAAGAAAAAUGUUAAUGUAGCAUUUUAGUUUGAACAUGCUGUGCAUCUUUUUAAAUUUUUCUUGAAAUUGAAAUGUGUUAAAAUACGAAAUGUUUCGAAAGGAUGAUCAAGAAUUAUUUCAGGGUUAGUUGGUCAGAAAAUGCUGUAUGAUGGAAGUUCACAUCAAGUUGUAGUAUUCUUGUGACAUUCCAACACUGUCCAAAUGAAUAGGACCUUUUUGGCAACACUCUAGUCGCCCCACGGAAGUGUAAUUCUA